AGAAGAAGUUCGUCAGUUUCCGGUCCGUCCUUUUUUACAUGAGCUGCCACACGCAGCGUUUGUUCCGCGAAGAUGCGCAUCGAAAAGUGUUAUUACUGCUCGGGACCGGUCUACCCCGGACACGGAAUGAUGUUUGUACGGAACGACUGUAAGACAUUUAGGUUCUGCAAAUCAAAAUGCCACCGGGGAUUUAAGAAGAAGCGAAACCCAAGAAAGAUCAGAUGGACCAAAGCUUUCAGAAAAGCAUCUGGCAAAGAGCUAACGGUGGACAACUCGUUGGAGUUUGAAAAACGCAGAAAUAUUCCCGUGAAAUAUAACAGGGAGAUCUGGGACAAGACAGUGGAGGCAAUGAAACGUGUAGAGGAAAUAAAACAAAAACGACAGGCAAGAUUUAUCAUGAACAGAUUAAAGAAGGGCAAACAGUUGGAGAAAGAGGAGGCCAUAAACGAAGUGAAGAAAAAUAUUCACCUUAUCAAAGCUCCACACGCAGGAAAAGCCAAACAAAUGGAAGACAAAAUGGUGCAGCGACUACAGGAAGAUAUGGAAAUGGGAGAUGAUGAUUAAUUUGAAGCUCAAGUGUCAUUUUGCACUUCAGUGCACUUGUAUUAUUAGAUUUAUUUGGAGUUAAAAUUUCAAGAUAACAAACAAUGGACACCUCUCUGUCCUCAGCAUGAAAUGACUGCAGUUGUCUCCAGUGACCGUAUAAAGCCCUUUCACCCAGACUCAUUCUUUUCUGUUUUUUAGACUGGUUGCCCAGUCUAAAAAAUAGAUUUACUCUUCUCUUUGAUAAGUUUUUGCAGUAAUGUGCAGAAUAUGUCAAAAUGUUUCCAACAAUAAAUUAAAGACUCAUUUA